AUGGUUGAGAAGGAACAAAGCAUCAUUAAUCAAUCCUUUCACUCAGGAUUUCUUCUCUUGGAAUUCUCAGAAGUUCGGGAGCUGCAGAUUCUCCACUUCUUUGGGUUUCUUGUUUAUUAUCUGGCAACAGUUACAGGAAAUCUUCUUAUCAUCUCUGCAGUCGCCUCUGACCAUCGCCUGCACACUCCCAUGUACUUCUUCCUGAUGAACUUAGCCAUGCAAGACCUGGGCCAGGUUUCAGUCAUUAUCCCUAAAUCCAUGGCCAAUUCUCUCAUGAAUACCAGACACAUUUCCUAUUCUGGAUGUGUUGCUCAGGUCUUCUUCUUUCUCUUCUUUGCAUCAUCUGAUUUCUCUCUUCUGACAGUCAUGGCAUAUGAUCGCUACAUUGCUAUUUGCAAUCCAUUACAAUAUGAGAUUCUGAUGAAUAAGCAAGCCUGCAUCCAAAUGAUUGCUAGUGUAUGGAUCACUGGCUUUCUCUAUGGAGUGUUACACACUGGAGGAACUUUUGCAUUUCCUUUUUGCUCCAAUGUUGUCAAUCAGUUUUUCUGUGAAGUCCCACCAUUACUUAAGAUUGUCUGCUCUGAUGUGAACCAAAUUGAAAUUGGAGCUCUUGUGUUAAGUGUUGUCAUUGGAUUUAGCUGUUUUACCUUCAUCAUUAUAACCUACGUGCACAUCUUCACCUCAGUUCUGAGAAUCCCCUCUACUGAAGGAAGACAAAAGGCCUUCUCAACAUGCCUUCCUCACCUCACUGUUGUCUCCAUACUUCUAACCACUGGAUUCUUUACUUACCUCAAGCUUAAUUCUAACACCCCAUCACAUCUGGAUUUGGCAUUUUCUAUGAUAUAUUCAAUGGUUCCACCGUUGAUAAAUCCAAUAAUCUAUAGCAUGAGAAACAAGGAGAUUAAAAAUGCUCUGUCAAAGCUAUUGGGUCUAGAGCACUUUUCUUUGAAUACCUUCUCAAGUUUUAUACUGUUAAAGUGA